ACAGUGUAGGGGUUUUGGGGGAGGGGGAGGAGAGAGCGAUGAGAAAACAUAACACAGAUUGAGGGGGUGGUUGCGAUUAGUAUUUUUCUCCCUCCAACCAAACCCGCUUCAGUUUCGCUCUCGGCGCGGUGUCGUGCGCGAAGGAGGUGAAGAAGCCGGGGUGCGCGGGGUGCAGGCUGAGCCCACGGAGGGCGUGAGUUGGGCGCGCGCCGGAGAUUUUCGUUUCUUCGCCGCACGCGCGCGGCCUCUCCCGCCCGACUCCUCCACCUUCCCGAGGUGCAACGGUCGACGGGCGGGUGGGCCGUAAGGGGAGAAAAAUAAGGCAGGCCCCGAGCACGUGACAGCGUGCCACAAGGAGGCGGCGGCGGUGCCGCCAGCUGCAGCAGCCGGACGACGGAGAGGGAGGGGGGGUUGAGAGCAGGGAAGUGCUUGGGGGCGGCGAGAUCAGGUCCGGGCAGCCUCCCCGAGGCAGAGGGCAGUGUAAGGCAAGCGUGAGAUCAGAAAAAGGGGAGAAGCGUGCGGGGUUGGGGUACUGAGAGGGCAGGAAGUCGGCCAUCAGGGAGGAGCUGCAGAAAUUAGCACCUCAGUGGCAGCCGCGCUUCCAUCGGAGUCCUGGAAAGGGCAGGCUCGGCAUGAGGGGUAUCCCUCAUGCACCUCCUCUUUCACGGGACGAGUCUCUUUUCUUCCAGGGUAAUUGAGAGGGCAGGGUAAAGUAGGUGACAUCGAAGGGGUGGAUUGUCCCUGGCCUCGACUCCACUCUGAAAGCCCACAGGCUGCAAGCAGUCAAGUUUUUUUGGCGGCGGGGGGGGGGAGCUGGGUAAACAUCGAGGCUCAGCCAGUACAGCGGAGGUAGUGAAGUGCCAUCGGCGGGAGAGGAUUUAUUUUAUUUUGUACCCGUCUCGCCCGGUGCUCCAGGAUCUUCCACCGGAGCGGGGGAGAGCGGCACGUUGGAACUGGGCUUGCAGGACGCAGAGCUGAGCACCGGCCUUUCUCUCUCACGCGAAAUGGGGUGGUAGAUGGGCCUCUCUUGACGACAGGUUUGGAUGUCUGUUUUUCUCUCUCUAUCUUGUUCUGUCUCGGAUGAGUUUUGACCUCCAAAACAAUAUGGAGAAACAGCAGUUAGUAUAUACAAAACAGGAGACCAACACCUCCCCAAACUCAGGUACUCCUGCUGCAUAUUUUGUCAUUCUGAAGCAGGCACCUGGCAGUGGCGGCACUGAGCGUAGUAUGUUGGUGGCUAAACAAGAACUUGGGGGUGUCCUAGAAAAAAGAAACAAAUUGGGACCAGGGAGUGUUCAGCAUCCAUUCGAAUGCCACUCUGGAAAUGUCUGUGUCACGUUGGAGAAUCAGGAGAUGUGGAGUCAGUUUUAUAAACGUGGCACAGAGAUGAUCUUAACAAAACAUGGCCGGCGCAUGUUUCCAAAUUGUAAAUUCUGCAUAUCAGGGCUCGAUUCUUCACGAAAGUACAUCCUAGUGAUGGAUAUUGCUCCUGUUGACAACCAUCGCUACAAAUGGAAUGGGCGCUGGUGGGAAGUAAAUGGCAAAGCAGAACCACAUGUGCUUGGCAGAGUGUAUAUUCAUCCCAAUUCCCCUUCCAGUGGGAGCUACUGGAUGAGACAGCCCAUCUCUUUUUAUAAACUGAAACUUACCAACAAUACUCUAGACCAGGAAGGUCAUAUAAUCCUACACUCCAUGCAUCGGUAUCUACCACGCUUGCAUGUUAUUCCUACUGACAAACCCACUGAUGUAAUUCCUCUCAAUGGCCCAAACGUACUCACCAUCACUUUCCCACAGACCGAGUUUGUGGCUGUGACUGCUUAUCAGAACAUAAAGAUCACACAACUGAAGAUUGACUUCAAUCCGUUCGCUAAGGGCUUUCGGGAUGAUGGGCUGAACAGUAGGCCCAUGCGGGAGUUGAGACACCGAAGCAAUGAAUCAACUGAUGGAGGUUGCAGUGAUGAUUCUGCUUCUUCCAGAAGUGCGAUAAUAGACUCCAGUAGACAAUACAAAAUUAAAAGUGAGGAGCAAUCUGAAACUCAUUCCAGGCACGGGAAGAUGCAAGAUGACGUUUGUGCAUCUCCAGCUGCAAGUUUUGAUGGGGAAUUGUAUAACACUGAUGAAGAGGAAGGGUGCCUGGAAGCUGAGAUACCAGGAGCAAGUGAAUUUGAUUCAAGAAUGGCCAUGAUGCAGAAGAGAUCAACUGAAAGCAUCUUAAAACAACUCCCUAAUGUGUAUUCUACUCAUCCGUUCAGUAUUGCAUCAUCUGAAGACCAGGAAGAAUCUUUCAAUAUCAUUAUCAAAGAAGAGCCACCAGAUGAUGAUGAGUACUAUCAUACAGCAAACAGAGAGAAUCUUGAUAAUGCUGGGCUGAAAUGCAAGAAAGAGGAGGAGGAUUAUUUAGAUUCUCCUUCUAACCAGAGCACUCCAGCUUCAGGGGGACAGCUUGAUGGAGCUAAUUGUGAGUUAGCUAAUAAAACCAACAAUAAAAACUGUAUAAGUGAAGUGGAUACAAUUACUGGGGCUACCAAGCGGCCGUUGAGUAGCUCUGAAGGGGUAGCUAAAGCCAAAAUGCUGCGAAUGGAAAGCGGCAAAAUGCCAGUUGUUUGCCUGGAGCCUUGCACCAUUACGAAGGGUACUAUAAAACUAUCUGACCUGCCUCAAAAAUUCCUCUCUCCUUGUCGGAGAAACUGGGCACCUUUGACUCCUCGUGCUGUCCGCUCUCCAAGAUCAAUCGAAAAAUCUACGCACUCUCCCAGUUCCACUGAAAAAUCUAAGCCAGAAAAUGUUGACUCAUUGCCAUACAAAGAGAAUGACUCUGAGUCUGUGUCUGGAAGAACGAAGAAGAAAAGGAAUACCUCUACAGUGUCACACAGCUCAAUUGCUUCUAAUACAACUCCAUCCCAAAAGGCCUGUAGUGAAGAUUCCAGAUUUUGCAACAUCAAACACACUGAAAAGACUACGAGUUCUAGGAUUUGGAGCCCUGCAGGAAAGGUGGAUAAUUGUACUGAGGAUUCACCAAUUUAUUCAAAGUCAACACGUUUAUCAACUAAGGCCAUCAGUUCAGGUAUCUGGAGGCCUCCAGAUUGCACAACUAUUAGUAUUAAAGAAAUACCUACACUACACUCCAGCUCAAAGUCUCCACGUGUAACAAAACAACAGCAUCUUGCAGCCAAAGCUUAUAGGCGGAGUCGAUCAAAAAGGUUGCGGCAGUCUGCAAAAGCUGCCCGUACUGUGUCUGCAGCACCUGUUUCUCAGGAUUCCUCUGAACAUCUGGAACAGGAAGAAGUAUUCUGUGAUGUCAGUCCGGACCUGGAUGACGUAGAGGGAGUUACCUUUGUGUCUUACGCAUCUCAGGAUGCCCUUCAGAGCCACCUGGUUGAGCAAGUACCAGAGAACUCAAGUGAUGCCAUCCAUCAAACAGCAGCUCCCCAGGAAAGUGAUGAGGAGAAAAUUGAAAGGCUGGAAGAGAAGCUAAUUGAGGACUUAACACAUUUAGACUCCAGAGUUAUAAUGCACCCAUCACUUAAAGCAGCUGGUGUUAAGCUGAGUUCCCUGAUGUCAAAGGUCAGCCUGAACUUGAAACACUUGGGAGUUGUAUUACUGCCUCCAUCGGCAGAUUUCACUGAACCUGAUUGGAGAGAUGCUUUAGAAUGCUCACCGUCCAGACAAACUGACCAGAAUUCUCCAGCAGAAGAAGAAAUUCCAUUUGUUUCCAGAACCGGAAAAACAAAUGAUUUUACAAAGCUGAAGGGUUGGAAACAAAAGCUUGCGCAGCAUUCUGGGACAUCUGUUUCCAAACAGACAGAAGCAAUUCCAGCUUCCAGUUUGGAAAACACCGUGAAAAAUCGUUCUGCCUUCUUAAGUGAUAAACUGGAUGAAUACCUGGAAAAUGAAGAGAAAAUCAUCAAACAACGAGCUGACAUGUGCAUAAACAAAGUAUCAAAAGUUGUUUAUCAGACGCCCACCAAAAGCUCCAGUUACGUCCGAACAUUGGAUAGUGUAUUAAAACACCGGACAUCUGAAGCCCCCCCUGGACAGUCUCGCUCAAGUAGUCAAGCUAUGGUUUCCCCACAGUCCAUUUCAGUUGGCUCAGUUUCCAAAGCCUGCAAACAGAAUGGAAAAGUAAUGCAAUCUAACACAGCCAGCAAAGAGCAGAAAUCUUCAAGCAGUACAAAAUCAACACCAAAAACAGCCAGCCCAGCUACUAAAACAUGUUCUACAUGCAUGAGACCUCCGGGACUGUCCAAAAACCAGAAGAAGUUAAUGGAUCUGGAGAAUAGUGCCCUUUGGGAUGGGAAGUCCCGGACUUAUAUUACAGAAGAACGAGCAGAGGCAUCUCUCUUAACUCUACUCACUGCACAGGGAAAGCUUCAGUCAAGAAAACAUCGAGUGAUACCUAAGCGGGCACCAGUGUGUAAGAAUGAGUUCUGCCGCUUGGGCUGCAUCUGUUCUAGCCUGUCACAGAUGAAAGAGCCUCCCACACAUUGUCGCAAGCCAGAGUGCAUGUUCAACUGUAAGUGUCCAAAACGUGAAAUGUUGGUGCUGAAGACUUUUGGGAGACGCAGGAGGCAACUCAGCAAGGCACUGCGGGAAGAUCUAAUAUUCUACGAUGCACUAGCAGAUGAUGAUGAGUGGAAACCACGAACCAGAAAGAGGAAAAAGAAAAAAGUGACUGAAUUUGCAAUCCCUGAACCAGACCAACCUAUGCGACCAUAUCCUCUGUGGAUUCGGCAGGAGGGUGAGAUAGAUCCUGAGCCAGUCUACACUGCCCCUCAUCUGGAAUCCUAUCAUAGCAGCAAAUGUCCCCUGUCAUCCCAACCAUCGUCUCCACUAAGUCCAAAGGGACAUGACUCUACUAAAGCCAGUGUUAGUUCGGUGGUGUCGACUCCUGCUAGUUCACCGAAACCCUCUGAGGCUGAUGAGAAAGGUCCAGUGUAUUGGUAUUUUGAAAGUAUGAUGACCUGUGCACGUGUUUGUGCCUUCAAACGCAAGCGAGUCGAGAGGUCGAUAAUCUGUACCUGCAGUUCAGGACACAGUUGUGGACAGGAAAACAGCCUAUACAGUAAGGUUAAUAACAAAGACACACUUGAAACGUGCAAGUUGAAGCAAUGCAGUGAUUUCAGCUCCAGAGACGUGUUGGACUUUGAGAAAUUGGAAGAUUCUGAGAGCGAUUCAAUGUCACCAAAUCCUUCUGAGAUGUGCAAAGCAAAGAGGACCCAGGAUAUGGACUUAGAUGUACAGUGCGACAGUCCUCAGAAAGACACUGCAGAAUGUCCAUCAGCAGAACUACAGACAGCUGCAGAGUCUAAAAAUACACCAAAGCUGAUUGAGAUAAUUUCAAAUUGUAAUUGGGAAGCAGAGCGUGCAAGCAUCCUUAAAGUAAUUGCAAGCCAUACUGUCAAUAAGGGGACCGCAGAGAAAAUACGUACUGGCAACUUCCUCGUUGAAAUCAUGCCAAAUUGUGAAAACAGCCAAAUCCUUUCACCUGACGGUGUACCAAUUUGUAGCUCCUUGGUGAAGAUUACUCAGCCAGGAAUCGGGGAGAGAGAAGGAAAAAUGUCAGUUCACACAAUGUCCAUUCAGAAGGUUUCCCCAUCCACUGGGGGCAAGCUGCCAGAAACUCGACUGAUUGCACCAAAAGAAACACCCUUCAGUCAUACAACAAGGAAGAGUCAGCUAGCAAGCUUUCGUUUAAGCUCGCAUGCCGCUAAUAAGGGGAAGCCAGUAUCUAAGGCUAAUUUGCACGCUUCUUAUAAGACCGGCUUGAUCCAGGUCAGUGGAAAUGAAAAUGGUGAGACAAAGUUGACACUAGGUCAGGUUGGAGCACUGCAUUCAGUCAAUAAGGUGAUUGCUAACCUUAAAAGGAAUUUGAAGUCCACUGAAUUACUUGAAAAGUCUUUCUCAGGUACAACUGUCUCUUCAAACUCAGCUCAACUUGCCUCGAAGCAACCAGUUUCUUGCACCACAUCUAAUGACAGCAAAGUAUCUCAAAAUACCAUUGAUGCUGCUCCUGUUAACAAAACCACAGGGAGUCAAGCAAUACCUGAUAGCUACACUCGCCUUGUAAUAAAGAAAGAUGGAGAUUUGCAAAAGUCAGAUUCCUGCUUCAGUUCAUUGCAGCCGAUGCUUGGUGGGCAGCAGGAUGGCACUCCGUUAGCCGCAUUACCAGCAGUCGGCAUUACUACACCAACCAGUACUUCUCUGAUAUCAACAGUAAUGGUUAUGGCAGCUGCCCCAAACACACACCCUGUUUUAGCUGGUCAGCCACAAAGCAAUAUCAUGAUUGUUUCAGUAACCACAGGUAACUGCUCCCCAAAGACCACAGGUGCAAUAAAGCCACUACCCUCUGCAUUGCUGGCAGUAAAGAAACUUUCCAAGCAGAGUACUCUAUCUACAAGUGAAGUUGAAACUCCAGCAAAAAAUACAGCAACAACUCUAGUUGCUGUGAUCUCUGCAAGCGCUUCAGGAGUCAGGACAAUGUUAUCUCCAGUGAUCUCCCCCAGCUCUUCUAGCAUGACCACUGUUGCUCUAACCAAUACUGUGAAUACAAGAUCGACCAUAAUGUCUGUAUCAGCAACACCAAAUUAUACCACAGGUCUACCUAGACAGCCUGAAGCUGCCAAUUCAGUUCAAUCUGAUUCUUCUAAAGCUGUGAAAACCAAUCGACCACGACUGCUUUUGAUCCCAGCACAGUCUGGAACAUCAUCUGUCCGGCCUGCCCAGAACCUGCAACUUUCAUCUGGGCAGAAGAUGAUACUACAGCCCCUUAGAUGUCCAGCUGGAAACCUCUUCCGACACCCAAAUGGCCAGAUCGUCCAACUUGUUCCUUUAACAAAUGCUACUUCUGGGACUCGCCCAAAUCUCCACCAGAUGGUCACGUUUACCGUACGGAAUCCAGGAUCCACAGGAGGAAUCCGCUUCCCUACACCUACAAAAACGUUGGCAACACCUCCCAGCAGUAAUGCUCCAAGUCGUAUUGUUCAACCAGGGAUAAUACCACCAAGAGGAAGGCCACGUAUUAUUCCUUUUACGAAAGCCAUUCCUGUUCCGUUAAAGGUGUCGUCUGUUGCUACACCUGUUAAUCCUGUGGGCAUGGCUGUUCCCAUUACAACCACGCCACAGACAGAGUUUGUAACUGUUAAUGCAGCCACUAAUCCUGUUGAUGCGACUAGUAAUCCUGUCUGUGCAAGUAGUCUGGUUCCCUUACAGCCAAUGGGAUUUGCUUUACUGCAGUUACCUCCAGGGCAGAAAAUUUUACCAAACACCAUCAUAACUACUGGGGGGCCACUAAAGCUUGUGAGUCCUCAACCUGGUGUGCCUUUGACUAAAAAAACAGAUGGUGAGAAAGACCGUACAGGAGAGAAAUCUGAGAACAUUUCCAACCAGGAUAGCAGUAGCACAUCAAAAGAACAGCUGACUGAAUCUGGCCUUGAGGAUAUUCAUGUUGCAGGCUCUGAGCUUGUUGAAACAACAGUGACUGAAAACUUACCUGGAGAGGACCAUGUAUGUGCUGACCCUUUACCAGAAACUAAAUUGGGAGACAAGUCUGAAGCAGCACCUUCUUCCCCUUCAUUGAGUGAGGUGGAUGAUGAGGUGGAAGAUCAUUCUUUGCACAAGAAAGCUGGACUAGAAAAGUUUACCCCUGCAGAGCUGGCUGACCAUUCGUACACCAUUGAAAUGCACAAUGUGAAAGAUAAUGAGAAUGAAAGUUCUUUACAAGAAGAUACCAUGGAACCUGAAAAAGAUUUGGUUGCUGAACUAGAUACCUCAGAAUCUAACACUCUAAUAGUUGAAAAGGAACCAGACAAUACGUGCAAAGAGCAAAAUUGCCUGCAAGAUGAGAUAAUGGAGGUGAAGACAGAAAACUGUAGCAGAACAAAUGUGUCUGAUACUUCCUUUAAAUGCAAAGAGGAUAUCCAAAAUGAUUCAGAGAAUGAGGAAUUUGUGGGCCUUGAUUUGGAUCUGCAGUAUGUAAACAAUCUGGAAUCAGAUAAAGAUUCAGACUCUCCGAGUGACAUGGAGGAUGGCGAGAUUCCAAGUGACAUAGAGGAGAUUGACAUUGAGAAAAUGUUUGACUCCACCUCCAGUGAAGAGGCAGUGGAUAUUGAGACAGUGGAUGAACUCUCUGAGAAAAUCAACAUUGCACGUCUUAUUGCUUCUGCUUCCCACCAUCGUACCAAAGCCAAAUGUCACUUCCAUAAUCCAUACCUUUUUAAAAAAGCCCCAGAUGAGGAUUCUAAACCCAAGGAGAAACCUAACCCUUAUCUCAGUAGAGAAGCAAAGGCUCAGCUGGAUGCUCUAGUGGUAUAUCGGACUGCACAUACAGUAAAUGAGCGCCGGAGGCGCUCUGAGAUGAGAGACCUUUUUGAAAAAUUGAAGCGAACCCUGGGACUCCGCAGGGAACAGAAAGCCUCAAAGUAUUACAUUCUCAAACAGGCAUUUUCUGAAAUCCAAAAUCUUCAGGAUCAAGCUGAUCGUCUGUCAGCUGAGAGAAGCAUCCAGACCCGUAAAAGGGAUUUACUCAUUCGAAAGGUCUCUCUCUUGACUGGGAAGACUGAGGAGGUUAUUUUGAAGAAACUGGAGUACAUCUGUGCCAAGCAGAGAGCAUUAGAUGUUCAAAAGAAAAACAACAUGCAACAAGGAACUGAUGCUGAGAAGCCACACUCUGACAGCUGGAAAAAACCACCUAAUUCAUCUGAAACUAUGGACAUUCUCCAGAAGGUGGCAAUGAAUUUGCAGACCCAGAAACCACCUAACGUUACUAUGCUGACAAGCAAACAAGACCGGAUGUCUGAGGCUGGAAAACCCCUUAUUCUCACCAGAAAACGGUCAUUAACAGCACCCCAUUCUCCAGUCUCUUCUGUCCCUUUGACACCUGGGAGUUUGCUAAUGACACCACAGGGUCAGGUCCUGACUUUAAAGGGCCCUCUUGUUUCUGGUGAAAGUCCAGUCUUCACUGCUGAAGGACUUCUGCAUGGAAACCAGCUGAUAGCCAAGGGUGAUGACACUGGAGGGGCAAAUUUUGCAGGCAUUGCUUUAGUUACUAUCCAAGUGCAGGGGUUGCCAGUUCCAUUUCAAGUAAACAAUGCUACUGGUAAAGAAUCUCUCAGUUCCACAAGGACAACAUCUGCACUAUCAAGCACCAGACCUUCUGGGAAUGAAGUGGUACGUUCUGGUGCAGCUGAUGUGGUACAAGGAAAAGAACCCAAGUCUGAAGCUUUAGCAGAUUCACUUGGUGAUGAAAAUUCCUCCUUCCUGAUGCCAAGAAUAGUGAAUGUGACCUCUCUGGCGACUGGAGAAGCUCCAUCGUUGAAUCUGCAAGAGAUGAAUGAUUCCUUUGCAGAAGUGGAUCCUCAAGCUCUUGAUUUCAGCAUGAAAGGGAGGAAACAAUGUACAUCACAAGGAGAACAGAUUUCUAGAGACAAUAAAAGAACAUCCGACCUAAAUAACAGCUCAGACAUCACUGGAGAAUUCACCGCACUUGGUGAAAGCGAGGUCAUGCCGUUUCUUAUCGUAUCAUCAGAGGCUUCGAAGUCCGAACAUCAACAACAAGCACAGCAGGUUACAACUUCUCACGUACUGGGUUCUGACAAGAUUGACGGAUCACCAAAGGCAUUAGAUCUGUCUUGUUUCCCUGACAGAGCUUCAGUGUCUUGUACAGAAAAGGCCUGGACUAGAGAGGAAACCUCACCUGGGCCAGCACCAACGACUGAAAUAAUAUUUGAAGACAGAUUGGAGUUUCAGGUGAUGAGCAAUCGGGUGCAGACGUGCAACACUGGGAAAUCUAUUGGAUUGAGUGACAGAGAUGCAGAACUGUCACCACUGUUGAAAGCCAAUGGCACUGCAUCCAGUGAGAUAGUGGAUACUGAUGGCUACGAGCCAUUCACUUCACUUUUAAAUGAGCUUGCGUAUUUAAACCAGCAGUUCUCUGAUGAUGAAGGAAAUCCAGAUGCAUCUUCAAUCUCUGAUCACCAGGCAUUGGGCUUUAUUGACAAUGGAAAUCAAGGAGAGGACAUAGAUGAAUUAUCGUUGAUCCAUGGACCAAUAAGAUUGGUGGACAUUGAUGGUGCUGAUGAAGACGCUGAACUUAAACAGACAUCAGAGAGGGAGAGUGGUGGCUCAAGUAGCCCCCUGGUAUUGCAGUUGGAAGGCGAGGACCUGAAUGUUGAGCAGCUGCUUAGCAGUGAGAUGCCUGUGGAUUCCCAAAAUGAGUUGGAUGAUGGCACACUGGACUUCGAGGGCAACCAUGUUUGUGGGGUGAACAGUUCAGUAACUGUCUCACCUCCUCCACUUGUGCACAUGAAGGCAGCCUCACCUUCAAACACAGAGGUCCAAAGCAGUUUAGACAUGCUUUGGAGACCAAUGCCUAAGUUGGCACCCCUUGGCUUAAUCAGGGUACCUGGAAAGGUUGAAUCAGUAACACUGACAGAGCACUCAUCAGAGAAUAGCAGGCCUAUGCCUGCACUAGCGCGGAUCUCAUCUCCGCAAACAAUAAGUGCAGAGAGUCCAUGAAGUGUUUUGGGAGAACACUACAAUAGUUCAAAAUUACUCUCGGCCAGCUUUUGAGGAUUCCAUUCUGAAAACUAAUACACUUGGAUCAUCUCUCCAAUGAUUUUAAACAUGAAAUUGAAAUAAUUAUGAAUUGAAUUAAACUUUGGAGAUUUGUGGUAAUCGUGCAGGGAUUGCUGUUAAAAGUAACCGAUGAAGUGUGUUUAAUCUGGCAUUUCACCACAUAAUGGAUCUCUUGUAUAGUUUCAGCUGUAAUUCAUUCACCAUGAAUUUGUGGUGAACCCAGAUUUGAUUGGCUUAGUGUGGUGAUUCAGCUGAAAUUGACCAUUUUGCAGUUUGGUUUUAUGUUAGUGAAUCUUCAAUUUAAAAUCAUUUUCUGGGCUUUUUGUACAGUUUCUAAAGUUGUCACCUUAAACAUAAAGAUGCUGACCGUAACCUCCUUGGUAGGUUAAUGAACAUCUUUUGUAUGUAGUUUGUAUAGUAUAGCGAUUUGAGUUUUGGUAAAGCAAUCAUUCAGCUGGUGUACAAACUGACUUUGUUUCAGUGGUUUCACAAAUCUAAUUUUCUGAAUAGCUGAAGGAGUGUAAGUGCAUUUGAAAUGCACUGGACCUUCCUUUUUAGAUUUCCUAGUACUGGAACAGCUCAGAUUUGAAUAGAAUCAACUGUGGUUGAUAGAGAUGAAAAUUAAUUGAUAAUGUUGAGUGCUAAAAUGUUGGCAGACGAAAUUUGAUUUUCAGUGUGUCUUGGAUAAUGUGUAAAUACUGUACUACAUAUUUUUAAAGAAUUGUGAAAUAGAAAUUUCUUAAGUUUUUUUUUGUUUUCUUUUGGCAAGAUCCCACUAUUUUUCUAGAAAACAGUCUAACAGAUUUGAUUGGAACAUUUUGUGUAUGUGGUUUAAAGGCAUGUCUGACCUUGCAAUUAAACUAGUUAAACCAGGUACUACAUUUACCUUUGACAGUCAUUGUAUGCAUUGUAGCUUUUGUAAUUGUAUUGAAGACUGCAGUGAAGGGAGUCAUGUUCUUGUGUUUCAUUUGGAAUUUGAUUGAAAGUGGAAGACUGUACUCGUGGAAUCGACUCUGAAAGGGAAUCAGAUUACUUAGGAAUUUCAUUCAUUUCCUUUAACGUAAAGACUAAAUAAUAGUCCCACUUUAUUCUUUCUCCACCACCUGCUAAGAUUCAAAUUCCAGACCUUUUAAUUGAUAGAUGACAGCAGGUUCUGUUCUGUUCUGUUCUGUGCAGCGUGUGACUCCUUGAUGCCACACACCUUCACAUGUGGCCUUGAUGUCAAAGGCAGGGACCCUCAUCUCACCCUUGGAAUUGAACUCUUUUGUUCAUGUUUGAAGCAAAGUUUAUAGUGAUAGUGGGCGCAGCUCCUAGCAGAAACCAAACUGAAUGACAAUGAGCAGGUUAUUGUUGAGAAAUACUGCUUGAUAACACUUUUGAAUAACCCCUUCUAUCACUUUGCUGAUGAUCGAGAGUAGACUGGUGAGGCAAUUAUUCAAAGGGUUGGAUAUGUACUACUUUUUGUGUACAGGACAUACCUGGGCAAUUUUCUACAUUGCUGUGUCAAGGCAACUGAUAGGCAUAUCUAUAUCAAAUACACA